AUGGCGGACGCGCCAUGUGAAGGCAGCCUUGCGACUUCCAUGAAGUGCCUGGACGAAAUAUUCGCCAACUUCUGGCGCAAACUUGCUGUCAGGCAAGAGCAACGAGAGGAGAGGGAAUGGGGCGACCGCUCACUGCGAAGCUCGCCGCCUGCCACUCACCGACCUGCUACACAUGCAACCUCCACGCCACGCACUCUAACGCAACCAACCCCCGGGCACUUACAGGAGCCCAAAAGCAACCAAAAUCCAGCACCACUACCCCGGGCUGAAAACAGCAAGGGUGAGCCUCCCGGCGCACAUCUCGCACCUCCAGUGGAUGAGGCUUCAAGAGCAAGCCGGCACUGCACCGCACCGAGCCAGCGGAGGAGCUGCAUGCAGCCGGACCGGCAGGAACCAGAGCCCGACUCAAGUAUGGGAAAAACAACACAACAAGAUCAGGCCCAUUGA